AAUUGGUUUAUUGUACUGGAAAUAAUCACUAUAUAAGGUGGCCUCACACUGAGGGGGGGAACUAGUAUGACGUCGUUUGCGUGUUUAUGGGAAGCAGGCCAACGCUACAAAUAGUUAUGUGUGCUGGCUAGCCACUGUGGUGUCACUGUAGACUACUGCAAGGCGACUCACCGUCCAGUAAUUUAACUGAACGUCAUUUGACAUCGGUUUACCGGAAAGCUUGAACCCAGUCCAGAGUAUUUAAGAGAGGCAAGAGCCGCAGCUCACAAAACGCAAGAAGCAUCCACGUAGGGGGAUAUACAAUAAACCACAAUGGGACAACACGGAUCGAAGUCAUCUAUGGAGGAGCGAAUGUUGAUCCAAAGCCUCGGCUCUAUAGACGAGCAGCGGGUUUAUUUAAAUGAAGAUACCCACGAUUUCAAGACACACUGCUUAUUUUCUUGCACUCUUCAGAUGAGGGGUAGGCCUUGGGACAUUCAAGAUCGGGAGGGCAGAAGAAAGCACUCCCCGUGGCAGCACAGACACUCCACUAACACCAGCGGCCUGGUGUAUGUGGUGGAUAACCCGACUGGUGGCGUGUGGGUCAAACCAAAGGAGAGAUGGAACAGAUAUUGACAUUUGAAGUGAGCCUUUUACUGCAAGGUCUUAUUUAUUUACUCUCAACGUCGGAGGUACUAUGCCUGAAGCAAAUGUAAAAGCUGGAAGGAUACGAGUAGGUACGAGGAUCCACGUGCACGGCGUCGAGGUGUGGACCUCGUCCACCUCGCCUUGGCGGGCUCUAAUGGGAAAAGCGCCUGACGAUGACCGAGGUGGUCUCUUCCGAGUGGACGGCGAAACGUCUUUUGGGUCUUCCACCGAUGAGACUCGAAACGAACGGGACACGAAGGGUUCAAGAAGUGACAAGCUACCACAACGGGCUGUUUGUGCGCUCUGAAAGGAGACGAAAACAAGUUUUUUUUGGUGACCUUUUGUCCCUGUCCUGGCCCUGGGUGAUGUGGUUCAGCCCAUACAGGACCAACGAUCCCAGCGAUUAUUACAUGGAUUAAUGGAAAGAAAUUCAGUUAUUUAAUAAUAUUAUUCAUGCAUGCAUUUAUUUAUUUAUUUAUUGGAGGGCCUAAUGGUGAACUCAAACCGCUAGUUCGUCUUCAAUAGGCCCACUAUUUAAAACGUUUUUUUGAUGCUAAUACAAUAUGUCUUUCAAUUUAUCUAACCUUAUGGGUGAUUUUUUAAUUCAAUUUCAUUGAUUUGAUGGUUAAACGUGAUGACGUUAUGUGUGCAAAUUAAAUAUUGCAUUAUAGUCCUGGUAAUGAUCAGUGUUUACCCCAUGUCAUGGUCUGUCUAUGAUGCGCCUUAUUCAUUUAUGCAAAACGAGAGCUCCCCCUUGCGGAAAGGAGACGCAAUAAGCACUUCGUCAUAACAAGCUGGCAACAUGGUUUCGAUUUAGACAUUCUUGUGCUGAAACGGGAAUACAUGCAGAGGCGUGACAAAAGGCUUCUAAUUUUUACGAUGAUAAAUAGCCACUACUAAUACAUCUAGUCACCUCUAGAAACAUGGAUUCAUAUAAAAAAAUUCCUCAAAGUUAGAUCAUAGUGGCGAUAUAAGAACCAAUGUCAUUAACUGAAUUGUAUGUCUGAGCAUAGAGCCCCCCCCCCCCCCCCCCCAUACACACAGCCCACACACACAUUAUGCAAUAAUCCACCUGGGACUUUGCAACCACGAUAAUGAUUGACAGGCCUUUCCGCCAUAACAGAGGAGGAGCAGGAAGUUGAUCACAUAUCCCUUCACAAUACGAUCCUUUGCUUCUGGACAUUAAUCAGUUAUAGGCCCAGAGCAAGGUUUAUGGUCUCUGUUUAACAGGCUUAUCGAGUAACUAUGGGAAACGCACUGAGUAAACAGCGUGAAGUCACACGGAAUUACUUCACACGGUCGUCACGGCUAUUACCUUGCGGUUCUUCAGAUUGACUUUUAUUUCGUUAUUGACGAUGGGACAACGGGUGUCUCAACCGGAGGUGCGUGUUCUCAUUCUGGGUCUGGACAAUGCGGGCAAAUCGAGCCUGCUUUACAAAUACAAACAGAACAAGCGCGUCGCCACAGAACCCACCAUAGGGUUUAAUGUCGAAAUGUUGGAGGAGAAAAGAGGCAAGAAAAACAUAACGUUGACGGUGUGGGACGUCGGCGGCCAGAGGAACAUGCGCCAACACUGGGCGAGUUUCCACCAGGACGCGGCGGCGGUCGUGUUCGUCGUGGACAGCUCCGACCUGGACCGGCUUGCGGAGGCCCGCCGAGAGCUAGAGCACACGCUGAAGAGCGAGCAUCUGACCGGCAUCCCGGUGGUGGUGCUCGCCAACAAACAAGACGUAUCCGGCGCGCAGACUGUCACGGAGUUAACGGAGCGUUUCAACUUCUCGAAGAUGUGUUCCGAUCGGGAUUGGUUCAUCCAGCCUUGUUCGGCCGCGACGGGCUUCGGGCUUGAGGAGGGCUUCAGACGCGUGGCUCAGCUGCUCAAGCUGCCCUCGGAUCCUGUGAAAAUCAAAGAGAAUAUCAAAGAUACGGUGCACUAUAUCCGCGCAAAGUCCACCCGGCAUCGGUAGGCUGACUUGAGGCCUAUAGUAUGCCAGAGGAUCUGUUUUAUUUGAACUGCCGAUUGGAUAAACAAUUAAACACAAUGAGAGCCCUGAGUAAAAUAUUUUAAAAUCAAUUUCUUAAUUUAGCUCAAACAACGUGCGUAAAAUCCAUACGCCGCCAUUCAGGCAACGCGCGCCUGAAAUGAGGCUUCGCUUUGUUUCUGCAAUUUACAGAUUGGACCCAUUACCCAUUUCAAAUGUGGUCAUUUUCAAAACGGGAAAUAAUGGAAAUUGACACUCAUCAUACAACACAUGACUACAAACUAUGGAAGUUGUAUUCGCGGGUGCAAUAAAGAUAAGCACAAUGACA